UUUAUCAGUGCCCUUGUGGUUACACCUGAGCCCUGGGGGAAGGCUUCUCACAUCACCGUCAACCCUGUGGUACCUUCCCGAUUCCUUCCUUUUCCCCCGCCCCUCGCCACACCCCGCCUCCCACAAGGGCGUGUCUUUGCCCCACCCUUAGUGACGUCACCGCCGCUCCACAAUAUAAGGCGGAGGCUGCCGUACUCUGCACCACAAGAUUGCACACCGUCUGUCUGUACCGCGCCGCCUCUCCGCUCACCCUCAGUCAUGAACUCUCUGGUGGUGGUCCUGGCCCUUGCCGCCUGUGCAUCGGCCGCUAUCAUUCCUGCGCCCAUCGCCUUCCGCACUCCUUCCCACGACUCUGCCAUCAUCCAGAGCCACCGUCUUGGCGGCAACUUCGCCUACUCCACCCACGAGGCUCAUGCUUACGGCGUGCAGACCCCCAUCAUCGGCACCCGCACCGUGCCCGUCGGUGUCUCCUACGUGCCUGGCACCCCCAUCGUUAAGACCUCCACUCACUUGGUGACCCAUAAGAUCCCCCAGGUGGUCUCCUAUGGCGCUCCCUUCCACUACCCAUACGCCCUUGGCCCGGUCGUCGCCGCCGCCCCCGCCGCUGAUGCCGCCGUCGACACCACCGCCGCCGAGAAGCCCGCUGUCGUCUCCGCCUAAGCUUAGACCACCUGCCUCCAGACCUCGACCUAUGGAUUAAGACCGUAUUGUAGACACUGCUUCCUUUCAUUUCUUUCUUUCAUCCGCUCGUUCCUGGCGUGGGCGUAAUGCGGCGUGGGCGCUUAGGCGUGGGCGUCCCGGCGCCAUAGCGCGGCGACAGAGCCCUUAGGGUUGGUCGCCGCGCCGUGUACAGCUACGGUGUACAGACUUGUGAAUAAAUCUUGUUUAACCUAA